UGAACUGUUUAGUACGUUUACCUACGCCUAGAAGGUUUCUUCUUACCGUUUUUCGUGCGUUUCUUUUCUUCUUGUCAGUUGUAUACAGUGUCUUCAAACUUACGAGGUACAACAGAAAAUUCCGUUAGUGGUUUGGUGUGUAAACAAAGACCGUCAUUGAGUUUGAUGAAUAUCGCAACUGUGUGAAAAGUUAAAAAGACAUUCGAAAUUUCGAUUCGAGUUGACAACACUACUGCAUCUAUUACAUUUAUAAUAACGGCGAUUGACUAUGAUAAGCUCUCACCAACAGCAUCCCAGCUAUGGGUUCCUCUCCGGCAUGGACCUCCAUCCCGUUCACCAUGUGGGCCAGGAUAUGAACCAGCAGACACCAACCUCACAGGAUCAACACAUCAAGAGGCCUAUGAACGCGUUUAUGGUAUGGUCUCGGAUUCAAAGAAAAAAGAUCGCAUUAGAUAACCCUAAGAUGCAUAAUUCAGAAAUAUCUAAACGACUUGGUGCGGAAUGGAAGCUUCUCUCUGAUACGGAAAAACGACCCUUCAUCGACGAGGCAAAACGCCUGCGUGCCGUGCAUAUGAAGCAGCAUCCAGAUUACAAGUACCGUCCACGAAGAAAACCGAAGAUUCCAGUAUCCAUCGGUAAUGUUUCUCAUCAUCACCACCAUCCACAUCCUCUCGAUUAUCCGCCCCUGCCGCCCUACUUUGGAUCCGCCUUCGACGCCGUCCACUUGAGCAAGCUGGUAGCUGGUAGUGGGACAGGAUCGCCAUCGACAAACGCGGCAGCAGAUGCGGCCAACAAUAACGCAGCUUCCGCGGCAGCAGUAGUCAGUAGCUUCUACUCGGGAUUCUAUUCCACAUCUCCGACAACAGCUAAGCCGUAUCCGACGACGGCGUCUCAUCUGGGACCACUAUUUCCAACUGGGCACCACAGCGUACCUGCAACUACGGCUCACCCACAUUUAAUGUUUCAAUCUACUGCGGCAACUGGCCCCGGAAGCAUUGUAACAACAACCAGUAGUCCUGGAAGCAGUCCAGGAUCUACUCCUAUACCAUCGUCCCAUCAGCAUGUCCCUACAUCGGCUACGUCGACCACAUUGGAUAUGGAACAACUACGUCGACCAGUCCCCGUGAUAUUUUAAACCCAUCGAUUUAGACAAAAAGGAAGGUUAGAAGGAGCGGAAAACUUGCAUACAUUCCAGGAACAAGAAGAGAUUAACGAAUGAAAAGCAAAAAAGUUGCAAGAAGAGAAGCAGAAAAACAGACGAAACACAAAAUUUGAGAUUCGUUUACGAACUAUUAUGAUGUAACUCUAUCAGAAUAGGUAGGAUCGUGCAAAUUUAGUUUUUAAAAAUCGUAUAUUGUGAUCACAUUCAGUUCAUAUCAUAUUUCUGAACGCAUUUAUGAUCUCCCGUGCGGGAAACGGCGUAAUAUACUUAUAUCGGCGGCGCUCGAGAGCUGAAACACGAGUUACAUACGAGAAACAUCGAUGAACUGAACGCACACAAGGGGACACAACCGUGGGAAUCUUCUUACCGACUAUGAAUUAGUUUACUGACCGUAGAGUGGGAGGGGGAACGGAGGCGUGAUUUUCAAGGUCGAUCGAUUCGGGGUUCGGGAAAGGCUUGCCGGCAACCACGCGGAUAAUUGAAUUAGCAUAUUAAUGCGAUGGAACAAAAGAGCCGUUUAGGCCCGGGAUUCCUUUUGCUUUAUUGAAUGUGCUUCAUUGUAUACUCAAAUUGUACAUGAAUAGACGGUGCCCUCCUCCCGUGAGAUGAACUGUAUUGUUUUCAAAUAAUGUUUUCUAAUUGCAGAUAUGCCUUUUAUGGUCAUCAAUACCAAAAGAGAUCUUGACCUGUGUGAAUGAUAUCGAGAAAAUGCUUUCGAACACCCGCGGCGCGGCGCUCUUGAGAUCACUUCUGGCGCGCCACCUUUCUCCGAGCUCUAGGCCUUACGAUCUAUUGUUCUACUCCUUUGAUUUCGAACAGGCCUCGUCUUACCUACGUCGGUGAAAAUGGCUUGGUCCGUCCACGCUUUACGCCCCAUUGCUCGUUCUUAACUCUCGAGCGUUACCAUAUAUCGUUUUAAUAUAUCGUUUCUACAAUUGUAAAUAGUCCGUAAAAUACACGAAUUGCGUAGGUUAAGCGUGCGAGCCGUGGUCGCUUAUGGUUUUAAGAAAUUAGAUAUUUCGUAAAACAGCGCGUCCUGUGUAUCCGUUAGAUCUUAUUUUGCUCAAUAACUACUCAUUCGUAUUCGGCUAAGCAAGUAGACAGAUUGAAAAUUUUUACUCAAAAUUUCAAAAAACUCUUCAGUAUAAACGUGUACAAGUAAGAACUGCAUAAAAAACAAGUAAUGACUAACGUAGAGCGAGAUCUACGGACAGCAGGCUCCUUCUUAGCAAACGAUCGUAUCAUCUAUCUUGAAGACCUAAAAAUACGAAUUUGUGAAAAGCAAGCGAUUUCCUACUCUGUUAUGGGGUUUAAUUUAUAUUGGUUAAUAUUCGGGGAAUUAUAUAUUAAAUUAUGUUAUAUAUUUACGACUAUCCCCGGGAAUGGUGUUUCCAACGACAAACGAGAAAAAAUUCAAGGGUUUUAUGUAUUAUGCUAUUAGCAUACACGGUUGUAUCUCGACAAUAAUUACUUUUAACGAAUUAAUCAAACAAUUUUUUUCCUAAAAGUACGUAUAGGUACGACAGUAAGGAUAUGUAUUGUCUUUGAGUCGGUUCUUGUUAGUUAUUCGCAGCAUCAUUUUAUUUAGCUCAUCUUGAAAGCAUUUUGACUGUGGUCCGAAUGCAAAUGGACCAGUCGUUAACUGUGAUUUUAUUGCGAGAGUCCACGUAUACUCGUAUUUCUCACGGGUGCUUAUGACAAAUCCACGCGUACGUGUUUUUUCGUAGUUUUAAAUAGUUGACAUUUCUGUACCACUUGUUCUGACUAAAGCACGCACACGUACGAUAUUGUUGCAUCGUAAUUGAAGUUAUUUAAAGGGGGGAAAGAAGAGAGAGAUAGUGUCUGAAAAAUACAUUCGUGUAUUAUAAUAAAUUUUCAUUCCUUUAAUCCUCCUCGAUCUUUAUCUUCAUUCUUUUACUCCUAGUUUAAAUUUGUUUAUGUAUGGAAUAUAUGUAUAAUACUAGCUAUAUGUUUAAUGUUACGUACACACGUUUUAAUAUUGUAGUGUAUAAGUGCGAGAGCGAAAACCAAAAUUGUCGAUAUGAUCGAUAAGAGUGUAUAUAUGUACAUAUAUGAGUUCGUCCAUCAUACGUGUAUACAUGUGUUAAGUCUAGGUACAAUUUGUGUUUCGUUAUGAAUAAAUUGUUAUUAUUUGACGAAGCACGGCUGUGUAAAACGCAUCCGUCUAAUGUGAAUGAUGUUCGUUGAGCGAUCGAUCGAAAUUCACACGAGCUGGUAUCAUUUUUAACAGUGAUUUAUCAAACAGAGAAAAUUUUAUUAUCGACAACGGUCAACGACGGGGGUCGAUAAA